AUGCAAUUGCGUCCCUCCCUCUCCUUUCCUCUCUCCCUCCCUCCCCCCUUCCACGUUUUCACUCACAAACUCACUCACUCACUCUCUCUCUGCUGUCCCUCCUGUGCCAUCCUCAGGUUCUGCUCAACGCGCAUGCGUGUGUGCCUUUGCCAAAAAAUAAAACAAACAAUUUGUUUGCCCACCUUCUUUCUGGCAUUCAUUUCUCCCUCGUCCUCCGUCUGCCCGCCCGUCCACCGACUCAUCACUCCUUCUGAUCCUGGUCCUGCUCCUCGUGUCCCUCUUUGUACCUGCCCCUACGUCCUCUAUCGCCUUGAGUGGUACAGCAUUGCCACUAGAAUAGAUGAUGAUGCUAUUGCUACUGCUGCUGCUGCCGUUCCUGCUGUUUCACCACGUCCUCGAGCAUCUGCUCCUCGUUAUUGA